AUGGCGACGAACUCGUCCAUCGAAAAUGGGAAGGUUCAAAAAACGAUUCCUAACCAAGAUUGCGCGAUCCUUACGUUUCGGCCGACGUUCCACGAAUUCAAGGACAUGCCUAGAUAUAUUCAAUAUAUGGAGUCCCGAGGCGCACAUCGUGGCGGAGUCGCAAAAGUGAUUCCGCCAAAAGAGUGGAGCGAUGGAAUCCACAAACAGAACUAUCAGAAGAUCGACAAUAUCGUCAUUCACGAACCCAUCGAGCAGAGCUUCCAAAGACAAGGAACCCGAGUCUGCGAUGGCGUGUACGAGUCCUACAACAUUCGCAAGAAAUCGACGACAGUCCGCGACUUCCGUAAACUUUCCACCCACUGGCGCUACAAGCAGCCGCGUUCGGAGACCUACGACGAUUUGGAGCGCAAGUAUUGGAAAAACAUCAGUUAUGUUCCGCCGAUUUACGGGGCUGAUACAAAUGGAUCUCUCUUUGGCGCGGAGGUUGACAUUUGGAACGUGGCAAAGUUAGACACAUGUCUAGACGCUUUGAUGGUGGAUCACAACGGCAUCAAGGGAGUAACGACGCCAUAUCUUUACUUUGGCAUGUGGCGAGCAACGUUUCCAUGGCACGUGGAGGACAUGGACUUGUACUCGAUAAACUAUAUACAUGUCGGAGCUCCGAAAACUUGGUAUGCGAUCGCCCCCGAGGAUGGAAAGGGAAGGGUUCAACAAGUUCAAUGUGUAGUUUUGCUUCCUCUUUCCUACUUUUAUUUUUCUUACUGUGAACUCGAACAAAAGCGUUUCGAAACAUUCGCCUCGACGCUUCUUCCCGCGCAGUCGAGCAAAUGCCCAGCAUGGAUGCGACACAAGACGACGUUGAUAAAUCCAAGUCUCAUUCGUGCGAAUGGUAUCAGAGUGCGCAAGAUUAUCCACGAAGCUGGCGAGAUAAUGAUUACAUUUCCUUAUGGUUAUCAUGCUGGGUUCAACCACGGAUUCAACGCCGCAGAAUCAACCAACUUCGCGACUCCUCGAUGGAUAAAGUUCGGAAGAGAGGCCAUUCGAUGCGUUUGCAAAGAUGAUAGCGUGAACAUUGAUAUGGAAUGCUUCAACCGAUUCAACAUUCCCGACAUGCCUGGAAAGAGUUUUCACGAGGAAAUUGUUCAAGCACCUUGUUUCGACGACGAGCCCAUCCACUGGAGGCGAAAAUACAAAAUCGAGCUCGAUAAAAACCUCAACGAGCAAAGCAUUGACCGUUACAUUGCCUCGCACAAGGUCGAUCGAGAGCUCUUCUACUCCAAGUACAUGGCCUCGAAUGCACGAAUUCCGCCGCCGAAAAAGGGCAUUUUCGAUUAUAAAAUCGGCGAGAAAGUGUUUGUUCUUCGGAAUUAUCCUCGCGCCGUGCUUGAUGCGACCAUAACUGGACGAUAUGAAAGCGUGACGCUCAUCGCAAGUCCUCUCGAGGAAGAAGAUCGGUUUGAAAUCGAUUUGACGGACAUCAUGGACUUUGACGGAACAGAACGCGAGCCUGACAUUGGAGAGACCUUUACUAUCCUGCACUUUCCAGAUCCAGUAAAGAAGCGCGACACGAAGAAGACGGCUGGCCCGCACGAGCUCAAAGUCACCCUUGUUGAAAAAGCAAAGUGUCAAUAUUAUUGUUUGACAACAACGUUCGAUGGGCGCCAAGUCAUCUUUCCGUCUUCGAAGAUUUGGAAAGAAAUCGACGAAAUUCCUAAAGCCCACCUUCCCAAUAAACACAGAAGACCUCAAACUACCAAAGAUAACUCAACUGAAUACGAAGCUGCCCAAAAGAAAACAAAAUAG